GUCUCUUAAGAAGACACCUGCGCAACCGAGAAGUAUGUUGGAGCAGUUGCUCUUACAACCAACCACCAGUGCACAACCGGGUACGUCGUCUACAGGGGCGCGACAGAAUACCCAGAUGGUUCCUGCCCAAACACCAGUUAUAUUCAUAGCGGACAGUGACGUGGAGGAUGAGUUUUCUCGUCUAUUUGAAAGCGUUACGCCGGCAACCAUACCGUCCACUACGCCGCUCCAGGCUCCGCUGCCGCCUCCACCACACUAUGGUGGAAAAAACCUAAAUUUAAUUAGGACGGAGGAGGAAGCAAUGUUCAGUCCGGAAAGUCAGGACAUCCUCCCUCCGAAUACACAGAAGAAGCAGAGGGACCAACAGCCACAACAGCACCAGGCAUCGUACACACAACAGCAGCAGCAACAACAACACUCGGUGCACUUAGAGCAGCAGCAGCAACGUCAGCUGCCUCCAAGUAACUUCGAGGAGUUUCGAAACAACAGUGUGGAGUGGUUGCGGGCUUUGUUGGGUAGACAUGAGGGCGGCUCUGGAGCGGGAAUUGGAACAAUUGGAGGUGGCGCGGAAUAACAUACGCAAAACGUCAAACGCGU